UUCUGAACUCAACAACUAACCCAAAAGCCUUCUUCUUUUUCUUCUUCUUAAUACUUGCGACUUCCAGAGGUUGUUUUUCGACGAGAUUAUUGCCAUGGCUGGCUCCUGGAGAGCUCGAGGGUCCCUGAUCGUGCUGGCAAUUGUUUUAUUCGGAGGCCUAUUCGCAAUUUCAAUCGCGAAGGAGGAAGCAACGAAAUUGGGGACUGUCAUUGGGAUAGAUUUGGGAACCACUUACUCUUGUGUUGGAGUGUACAAGAAUGGACACGUAGAAAUUAUAGCGAAUGAUCAAGGAAACCGUAUCACCCCUUCUUGGGUAGCUUUCACUGAUACUGAGAGGUUGAUCGGUGAGGCUGCCAAGAAUCAAGCAGCUGUCAACCCUGAAAGGACAGUUUUUGAUGUCAAGAGACUUAUUGGUAGAAAGUUUGAUGAUAAAGAGGUUCAGAAAGACAUGAAGCUUGUUCCUUACAAGAUUGUGAACAAGGAUGGAAAGCCUUACAUUCAAGUGAAAAUCAAGGAUGGUGAGACCAAGGUUUUCAGCCCUGAGGAGGUCAGUGCCAUGAUUCUCACUAAGAUGAAGGAAACAGCCGAAGCAUUCCUUGGCAAGAAAAUCAAGGACGCCGUUGUUACUGUUCCAGCUUACUUCAAUGAUGCCCAAAGGCAAGCAACCAAGGAUGCCGGUAUUAUCGCUGGUCUCAACGUUGCAAGGAUCAUCAAUGAGCCUACUGCUGCUGCCAUUGCGUAUGGUUUGGACAAGAAAGGUGGCGAGAAGAACAUUCUUGUGUUUGAUCUUGGUGGUGGUACUUUCGAUGUCAGUAUCUUGACCAUCGACAAUGGUGUUUUUGAGGUUCUUGCCACAAACGGAGACACUCACUUGGGAGGUGAGGACUUUGACCAGAGAAUCAUGGAAUACUUCAUCAAAUUGAUUAAGAAGAAGCACGGAAAGGACAUCAGCAAGGACAACAGAGCUCUUGGAAAGCUUAGAAGGGAAGCUGAGCGUGCCAAGAGGGCAUUGAGUAGCCAGCACCAGGUCCGCGUUGAGAUUGAAUCCCUCUUUGAUGGUACUGACUUCUCCGAGCCAUUGACCAGAGCUCGGUUUGAGGAGUUGAACAAUGACUUGUUCAGAAAGACCAUGGGACCAGUGAAGAAAGCCAUGGAGGAUGCAGGUUUGCAGAAGAACCAAAUCGACGAGAUUGUCCUUGUUGGUGGUAGCACCAGGAUUCCCAAAGUUCAACAGCUCCUCAAAGAUUACUUCGACGGCAAGGAACCCAACAAGGGUGUUAACCCUGAUGAGGCCGUUGCUUAUGGUGCUGCUGUUCAAGGAAGUAUCUUGAGUGGAGAGGGUGGUGAAGAAACCAAGGAUAUCCUUCUUCUUGACGUUGCGCCCCUUACCCUCGGAAUCGAGACUGUUGGUGGAGUUAUGACCAAGUUGAUCCCCAGAAACACUGUCAUCCCAACAAAGAAAUCUCAGGUUUUCACCACUUACCAAGAUCAGCAAACCACCGUCUCCAUUCAGGUCUUCGAAGGUGAGAGGAGUCUCACUAAAGACUGCAGGAACCUUGGCAAAUUCGAUCUAACUGGCAUUCCUCCAGCACCAAGGGGUACCCCACAAAUUGAGGUCACCUUUGAGGUUGAUGCCAAUGGUAUCCUAAACGUGAAGGCUGAAGACAAGGGAACUGGUAAAUCCGAAAAGAUCACCAUUACCAACGACAAGGGUCGAUUGAGUCAGGAUGAGAUCGACCGGAUGGUUCGUGAAGCCGAGGAGUUUGCAGAGGAGGACAAGAAGGUGAAGGAGAGGAUUGACGCCCGCAACAGCUUGGAAACAUAUGUCUACAACAUGAAGAACCAGAUCAAUGACAAGGACAAGCUUGCUGAGAAGCUCGAGUCUGAUGAGAAGGAGAAGAUCGAGACAGCCGUUAAGGAUGCACUAGAGUGGCUCGACGACAACCAGAGUGCCGAGAAGGAAGACUAUGAAGAGAAGCUGAAGGAGGUGGAGGCUGUGUGCAACCCCAUCAUCACUGCAGUCUACCAGAGAUCCGGUGGUGCUCCUGGUGGCGAAUCGGCCGAAGAUGACGAGUCUCAUGAUGAGCUCUGAACAAAAUGUCAGUAAUUUUUUUUAUUGAGAUUGGUCUUUUGGAAGGUGAGAAAUGAGGAAGUAUAGAAAAUGGUGGUAUUAGGCCAUCAUGCGAAAAAAGAAAAACUUACUGUAAUUCUUUAGAUAGAGCGUUUGCAUGUUUUUUGCUUUGCGAAUGAUGCUUUUGCUUUCCCAUGGCGGGGCUGAGAUCUCUUCCAAACAUUUUGGAUUGGAUGUUGUUUUCACUCUUAUUCAAACAAGUUCCUGUCUUCAGUUGAUUGACCCUUCUA